CGUUUUCUGUUUAUGUUUAGUCUAAAAAUUAACGUAUUGUUUGGAAACUACUUUAAGCAGAUAAUGUGUUAAAAUACAUGUUUUGAAAACAUUGUUCAGGAUUCUUAGAAAGAUGAGUUUUUACGGUAAUCCUUUGAAACACGGAAAAGGUGUAAAUAAACCGUUUCGAUCUCCUCUCAUAAAAACUGAUCCAAAUCAAGAUCGAGGCGAUGGAUCUCCGAAUUCCAGAAGACUGAAUACACCCUCCAAAGUAAAUCAAAUCUCAAGAGUAAAAUCAUUAGGAUUUAAAUCUCCCAUGCGGGCUCAUGGAUUUAUUUCGCCGCUAAAACCUUUAGAAAUUAUGUCGCCUUCGAAAGAAUUAGAAGUUAAGGCCGUUUCGAAAUCUCUAAUUGGAUUGGGUUCGCCUUUGAAAAGAUUGGAACACAAGUCACUAGGAACGAAAAUUUCGCUCAGACCUAUAGAAAAUACACCUCCAAAGACAUCCAGAAUUGUAUCUUCGAAAUCUUCAGAAAAAGGUGUUAAAAAGUCACUGUCUCUAGAAAAUGAGUUGUCUUCAAAAGAAAAAGAUAGAGAUACUCAUGAAAAAGUUGAAAACUCGUCUCCGAAAUUUUUUUCAAACGAAAAGAGUCUUAAGUCGAAAUUAAGAUCGCCAGCGAAGGAUUUGGAUUCAGAAAUUAAAGAAGAGAAAUCGCCUAUCAAAAAUAUCGAUUUGAAUACACCGCCUCCUUCUCCUAUGAUUCUUGAAGUAAUAAAAAGUCCAGAGUAUCAACCAGUAGUCAAGUUGCGAAAAUUAAGUUCUGAUCUGCAGAAAAUAAGCAAACAGGAUCUGGCAAUACUGAUUAACAGGAUAAACGAGAAACAGCGAAAAAUGGCGGAAUUGAGAGCCAUAAUACCGCAUAACAGAAAGCAUAAUCUUGAGGAAGUAUUGGCUUCUAUAAUGAAAUGGAGAGAGGCAUUUGUGGAAGCUUUAGAAACUUUGCGUGCGAGUUUAGCUGAAAAAAACGGACGUCCUUUCAGUACGAGCGAUGUUUUAAAAUUACUGUCAAUUCCAAACAGUAUAGUCAACUUUUCCGAGGAGGAAAAUGAUUAUAUUUUCCCGAAGCUUUAAUUUAUAAGUAAAUAGUAUUAUUUUCUAAGCCACAAAAUCAAUUUCUUCAUAGGUGUACAUUAAUUAAUUAAUAUUUUCGUAGGAAGAAAGUACAGAAGAGUUAAUUAUUUAUGUGUUAAUUACUUAAUUAAAGAUAUAUUUAUAUAUAACUAUGUAAAUUAUUUAGAUUAUUAUUUUACUAACAGGGAUUGUGUGAAAUACACAAGAAAUACAUUUCCUCUUUGAUAUCAG